AUGUAUAGCGAGCUCCCGGAAUUCAUCGAGAUACGACAAUCAGAGGAGAUCGGGCGAGGAAUAUGGACGCAGUCACCCAUCAGAGCAGGAAGUGUAAUUUUUGUCACCAAGCCAUGCGCUGCAGCGUUAUCUUCUCCGAAAUUGACAUCUUACUGCUCGUACUGUUUUGAACAAACUGGCAUGAAUGGAUUGCGUCGGUGUACGAAGUGCCGUGUUACACACUACUGUGACUUCAAUUGUCAAAGAAACGACUGGGCUAUCCACAAGCACGAAUGCGCAUCCUUACAAAAUUGGUCACAAGCCGCUCCUUCAAGUGAUUAUCCUCCUCCUUCUGAUGCUAUUCGAUGUUUGAGUCGAAUGCUGUGGAAAAUGCGAAAACAAGGACCUCAUGCUCGACAGGCCAGAGAAUUAGCGAGUAUGCAGUCCCAUAGGUCUUCAUUGAAGCCUUCCGCCUACGAAACACACACCUACCUCGCGCACUCGCUGGUUCAAUAUCUUGGCCUCUCAAGCCCAGGGGAUAUGGAGCAGUAUUCUCUUUCGUCUGCUGCUGAUUUGGUGGAUACGAUCUCACGCUUUGUUACCAAUACGUUUACAGUUACCGAUCCUACACUUACACCUCUAGGUGCUGCCGUAUCCCCCGUGGUAGCCCUGAUCAACCAUUCUUGCGAUCCCAAUGUUGUUGUGGUCUUUCCUAGAGUCUCGAUCGAUCCUAAAGUUCAAGAACCCUUGAUGCAGAUCCUAACUUCUUACAUCGAUGCCACUUUACCUGCAAAUCUACGUCAGCAAGCAUUGAACGAGACCUACAAUUUCGAGUGCAUAUGUCACUUGUGUACUUCCACGGGGCUGGAUCCGAGAGCGUCUUUGAAUUGUCCGAAGAAUUGUGGUGGAUCAUGUCCUCUACCAAAUGAUGAACAUGCUUUAGUUCGCUGUUCGAAAUGUAAAUCUGUCGUUAGGUCGGUGGAGGCCGCUCUAGAUGCACUCAGAGUUGGCCAAGAAGGUUUAGACAAAGCUAACAAUCUACAAUUUGAAGAUCCAGGAAAAUCGAUACAACUCACCACGAAUCUCAUUCCUAUCUUGACCUCCGCUGGAUUUCCACCCUCUGCUCAUCCGCUUCUCGGCCUCACACGCCUUCACCAACAACUCCUUACCUCCUCAUUCCCGAACCCUCUUACCCAAGAACACCUCGACGAGACUAUACAUACAGCGACGACCAACGUUGCCGGUUUUACCGCGCUUUUCCGAGAAGGUCACCCUGUGCUUGCACUCGCGCUUGCCGAACUAGGGAAGCUGCUUGCAGUGGAUGAACCCUCUCCUCGUACAACCAAUACGUCGGUGAUUUAUCCCCCGUCAGGUCUUCCUAGACUGAAGCUCGCAUACGAAACACUCUUGCGUGCAAGGAAGAUGCUGUUAAUCGGAUUUGGUGUGACGAAUGAAGGUGGACAGGUCGGUAAAGAAGUCAGAGAGAUGAUUGUUGCAUUGGAAAAGGAAAUCGGCGUGUUCAGGCAGGGUAUAAAAAAUGUGCUGGAAAAUACGCCGAAGUCGAAGGCAUAA